CAAUGGGGAGCAUAAAAAAAUAACUCCCUCGUUUAAGGCGCACGGCUCGUAAAAAGUGCAUUGUACAAAAGCAUGCGCACGUAAAGCCACGCAAGGUGGCCUGAGCCCUAUAAAGAGCAAAAAAAAGCCACCCAAAGUGAUUUGUAAACACGGCGCAGAGCAGCUCUCUGCUGCGGUCGCCAAUUGGUUCACUCCUGCCCUCCUUCGUGUCUGUGUUGCGCAAAAGCCAGACACAGCCUGGGGACAGCACCUUCACACCCAUGAUGUUCCCGAGUGCCCUGGCCAACGUAGCGCUCUACCACCACCACCAGCAGCAGCAGCAGCAUCACCAGCAGCAGCAGCAACAGCAGCAGCAGCACCUGCUCCACGCAGUGUACCGGCCCACGCCGACACUGGGAUUCCCCGUGUCGGCUGGGAACUCCAGCUCGUCUCAACAGCAGCAGCAGCAGCAUCAUCAGCAACCGCAACAACAUCAUCAUCAGCAUCAGGCAGCAGCGGGCAUUCAUCAACCAUCGCGCACGCUUGGUGCAAGUUUUCUCAUAGACGAGCUGCUCAGGAUAAACCGGGGUCCCCCUGGGGGCUACGGGCACGGGCGGCAGGGUCCCGCGCCUCCUCCAAACGCGUCCCCUCCGGCGGGGCUGCUACCCCCGGAGCCGCUGUGCUCGGCGGCUGGGGCGUGCAUGCCCGUGACCACGGCGAGCGACGCGGCUACCGCGCUCAAGUUCGGCAUGAGGGCCAUCCUGUCGUCUCCGCCAAAGUCAGAUCCCUCUACACACUUCAUGCAAGAGUACUCCACCAAGGCACUUCCCUACUCGUACUUCGACGGCCACUUUCAACAGUUCAUUCGGUCGGCGUAUUAUCCAGCCUCGGCCGUCAUCCCCAUGCCCGGCUCGUUCUCGUGGGCCCUGGCGGCCCGCGGGAAGCCGCGUCGGGGCAUGCUGCGCCGCGCCGUCUUCUCGGACGUGCAGCGCAAGGCCCUGGAGAAGAUGUUCCAGAAGCAGAAGUACAUCAGCAAGCCCGACCGACGCAAGCUCGCCACUAAGCUCGGCCUCAAAGACUCGCAGGUCAAGAUCUGGUUCCAAAACCGGCGCAUGAAGUGGCGCAACUCCAAGGAGCGGGAGCUGCUUUCUGCCGGCGGCUGCCGGGAGCAGACGCUGCCCACCAAGGGCAACCCGCACCCGGACCUGAGCGACGUGCAGGGCCGGCGCGGGGCCCUUUCUCCCGGUGGCACGACCACCGCCGCCACGGCGGUGGAUGAAAUUGAACGACAGUCGCCGUCGACGCCGCUCAGCAGCAGCAGCAGCAGCGGCUGUAGCAGCGGGAGCUUCCGCUACGAGGAGUUUCACGAGGAGCGGCAUCUCACGGCGUCGUUCGAGGACUCGGAGGACGACGUCGAAAUUUCCGUGCUGUAAAUUCGGGGACGGUUGGAGGUGGUGGGGGGGGGGGGAUGCUGUCGUGUCUGCUCUGGUCGGCACUCUGGACUUGCCACGCCGGGGGGUCCCUGGCUACAAUUCAAACUCCCUGGUGCAGCUAUUCAAACUCCCUGGUGCAGCUAUUCAAACUCCCUGGUGCAGCUAUUCAAACUCCCCGGUGCAGCUAUUCAAACUCCCCGGUGCAGCUAUUCAAACUCCCUGCUGCAGCUAUUCAAACUCCCCGGUGCAGCUAUUCAAACUCCCUGCUGCAGCAAUUCAAACUCCCUGGUGCAGCAAUUCAAACUCCCUGGUGCAGCAAUUUAAACUCCCUGGUGCAGCAAUUUAAACUACCUGGUGCAGCAAUUUAAACUCCCUGGUGCAGCAAUUCAAACUCCCUGGCUACAAUUCAAACUCCCUGGUGCAGCAAUUCAAACUCCCUGGCCCACCUCUCCCCCCUACCCUCUGCCUGGGUCCACACAACGUCUGUGAAAGAGAGCUUUAUAGCUCAUCGGAUUCCUCCAGGAUAAAUAAAGAUCAUGAUUCCGAACAGUAUCAAUGGGUACACCUCACAUUGUCAAUCAGCAGGUUGCGUGUGGGGUAGAUUGCGAGCACUCCCGCAUUUUCCAAGGCAUCAGGCGAGUGUGGAAGAGUAGGCCAAAAGUGCCCUCUUAGUUGAGGCCCUUCUCCCAGCGGUGGCUUCAGCAAUAACUUGCAGGGCCGCACCUUUAACCUUCGCUUACACGUUGAUGAUCGCCUCCUGUGCUUGACACGGCCGUGUGGCACUGCCAGAGUCGAGGCUCUUCCUGCGAGUUCGCGACGUCUGGGGUGGGGGGGGGAGGUGGGCUCAGUGCGUUAUUCCACCACGCCUUGUUGCUUAAAAAAGAUGUGUCCCCACCCCCCUUCUUCUUCUUCCACGCGUUUUUCCCAAUCAUGUGGGGUCCCGUUCUCUUUGUCAAUCUUCCCCACGCUGCCCUGGUCCUGCGCCGUCUCCCUUUCCGCUCCUCGGCCCACCUCCUCUUCUGCCUUCCUCUUCAUCUCUUUCCUUCCACUCGCGUCGCUUCUUUAGCGCAAAGUCAACGGCGGUCGGUUGACCUCGCGGGAGAGACGUGAGACGUCCGCCUCGGGCUCAGGGCCACCAGGGGCGAUGAACGCCACAUGACGGUCAUUCGAGCAGGGAUACACGCCGACUGGACUCUUCUCUUCAUUAUUCUCUCGCAUCGCGCAUGCGUGUGCACGUACGUUGAACUUCUUUCUCACGGCACGGGGCCAACCGUGCGAAUCGGAGGUGCGUGUGUGCGGUGCGUGCGAUGCGAAGGGGUUGAGACGUGACUUACUGAGGGAGCCGGUGCGUUGUCGUGAGUGUACAUUUUGCGGAAUUAACCAUGUGCCUGAAACUUUAUCGCUUGUACAUACGUUCAACACUUGCCUUCAUGUCGGUGUUGUGUGUGUGUUUUUGUAUAGGAAGGGGAAAUGAGGUACUUUUUUAUAUUCCUUUUAUUCUGUAGAGCUCUUAUGCCUAGUAUUUAUCAUGCGAAUCCGAUAUUUUCGAACGAGAUGUUAUUUUUCACGUAGAAAACAAAGUUAUUAAAGUAAGUAUUGAGAAACGUGGAUUGCACAUAUUUUUAAUAUUGUACAUUUUUUCCGAAGAGAAUACGGUUUUAAAAAUUUCAGAAACUUUAGUAUCCUUGCGUAUUGGUAUUUCUAAAAUGUUUGAAUAAACUACUGCUGAUUUAUGAA